AAGGAAGCUUAAUAGAUGCUACCAAACUCCUAGACUGAUCUCUUGGGUUUAUGUUUUGGUCCCUAGAUGGCCGCUGCCGCAGGACGUCGCGACAACGACGACGAUGGGAGAAAUGACAUUCAAGAACUGGCACGGGUCAUUCGGCAGUCGCAGCGAGAGCCCUACCCCAAGAUUGAUGUUCCAUUGUUCGAUGGGAAUCAUGCCUCUUCUUGGGCAAACAAGUUUGAGCAACUCGGGUAUAGCAACGAAUGGACGGAUGAGAAGAUGCUUCGCAUGGUUAAGAGGUACUGUCAGGUGGAGUACCGAGAUGAGAUCGAUGAGCUGGUGCGAAUCUCCCGUAAUUGGCCAGAUUUUAAGGCGCGGUUGCUGGAGAAGUACCAGCUCAGCGAUCGGUUACUCGACCUGCGAGAUUUGAGGACGGUGGAUCGUAAGAAGUUUGGUACUACCAAACAAUUCUUAUCGGAAUUUGAGCGUGUGGCUCGCCUAAUCCCGGAUCUGUCCGACAAAGAUCGCUGCCUCAUCUUCCUUGAUAACUUCAAUGAUGUCGAACAGUCGAAAUUGGUUGAAGGGAUGCACGGGAGGUAUGACUCGACUAAGGUCCGACAAAAUGCGCUGGUGGGAAAAUUCGACGAUAUCCUCUACCGGCUGUUGAGGCAGCAAGAGGAGGAAUGGGAAAAUGUGAAUCUGGGAGAGGUGAAGGACGACGAGAUUUACAAAACCUUGACCUGUAUGAGAGAAAUGAUGGAAGGCGUGAAAGAGGAAAGGUUGAAGCUUCAAGUCAUGUUGGCGAGCGAGAAAAAGAGUAAGAGGAAAGGGAAAGAGUCAGUGGGGGAAGAAAGCGAUAGUGAGAGCGAGGAGGAAAAGGAUCCGCCUCGCAAGUUGACAAAGGCGGAGAGGAAAGGGAAGAAUGGUGGACAAAAUAAUCAAGGAGGGAAUGGCAAUGUUGGCGCUGGUUCGUCAGGACAAAGUUCCCAAGAUCAAGGGCAGUUUCAGCCGCAGGGUGGAAGAGGCCGCGGUCGAGGCCGUGGGAACGGACAGCGAAGCCGUUGGGCGUGGCAGCAGGAAGCCACAUGUAACUAUUGCGCAGAAAAGGGCCAUAUUAUGCGGUUUUGCCAACUCCUUUCAAAAUAUGAGGAGGAGGGAAUUGUAUUCAUCACGAUACGUGGUGGAAUUUUUGAUUACGAAGGGAAUUUGAUCGACCCCAACAUUGAAAGGGGUAUGAGGAAGGAGGCGUAUCGCCGAAUGGGUCGUCCGCUGCCGGCGACAUUCCGGAUUGCUUCUCCCGAAGAAGCGGGGUUGGCCGGGGUUGAGGAGGUCAUGGCAUCGUUACAUAUUGACGACUCGUCGGCAGAACCAGGAGGGUUUAGGGAAAAAGUGGUGGAACGAGCGCAAACUAUCAUGAGGCGGCUUGCCCGAUGCCGGGACUCUAUCCUCCGACUUUGCGUGGACAUGGAGGAGGCCUGGCCUGGAUUGCCGAAUGUCUUUCUAUUUGGCGAAUGGGGUGAUAAAAGGGAAGAUGCGUCUGGUCAAGCAGGGACGUCUGCUCCGAGAGAAACAUCGCAAACUGGGCCAAUGGUAAGCACGAUGCGACCUAGGCCUGUGCUAAAGAGAAGUGCUCCGACUUUAGCCGUGCAGACUCGGAUGCGGCGACGAAAUGAGCAGCUUCAGGAGGAAAGAGAGCCUGAAAAGGCGGUGGGAGAAAAACCCAUCCCCGUUAGUGAGAGCGAUGAGGAUAACGAGGAUGAGAAGUUGCGGGCCGAAGAGGAAGAACGGGCUCGUCGUCGUGCGCUGGAAAGGGAGCCGGAGAAAGGGAAGACCGAAGCAGGCGAGGAGGAACCACGAAAGAAGAAGAACAUUUACUCGAUCCCCGUGGAGCAGGGGGUCGAUAUCGAGCGGCUUGUCGAUAAAAUUCUAGAAAAGGCGGAUCAGGCGGAAGAAUCAGUUACAGUCGAUGCAUUUCUGAAGGAAAAGGAGUCGCAGUUGAGUAUUAACUCCCUUACCUACCUGACUGAUGCGGCUACUCGACGUGGGAAAUCAAUAUGGAAUGCUCCCACCUGUCACGAGGUACGUUCAGAGCUCGUGAUGGAAGGACCUUUCAUUGAGGAGGAUCCAUGGGGUGAGCAGACCGCAGAAGAAAUGAUGAGGUUGGCUUUGACCGAUGACAUCGACCUUAUGCUUGAUCCGCUAACGAUUGAACAGGGUCAUAUGCAGACUGAUGACGCUUUCCAGACCGUUGGAAGGAUGUCAUAUAUCAUGAACUUGUUGGUUCAUGAGGAGCGCCUGAGGUUAAUGAAUGCGGAGGAAGGGAGCAGUGAGGUAAAAGAAGCGUUUAAGGAAAAGGAACACGAAGGGGAAUAUAAGAAGAUACGCAUGUGGUUGAAUGGGGAAUUGGAUGAAAACGAGGUUGAUCCGGUUGUGCGGGAGAAGAGCAAAGGAUUCGUUGUUCAUGACGGUCAUCUUUUUAAGAAAGUUGUUGAUGGUCUCCCAAAGAGGGUGGUAUGUGAAACUUCUCGAUAGUUGGAUGUGAUUGCUGCUCUGCAUGAUGGAGUAGCCGGCGGACACAGAUCUGCGUGGGUUACUCUGAACAAGAUCCGACGU